AUGGCCUCCAUCACCCGCUCCAACCGGCGAGCUGAGGGCCUUCACCUCUAUGACCGUAACGUGAACGCCAGCGGCCCCCUCACGCGCUCGGCGCCAGGGCCAAACUCGUCCAGCUUCCACCACGGCGGCGCUGCAGGCGGUCGCACAAAGCGAGCCCUCGACGUGGCCGAGCGCGAGUUCGAGGCCAUCCGCCACAAGAAGACGAGGAUCGCCGUCGAGAUUCUCGCAAAGCCCCAGCUGCCUCUCGAGUCUGUGAAUGUACAACCGCCCCCGAUACCGCGACGAGCCGCUGUGGCGAGCAGCGCAAGUAGGCCGCCUCCUGCCCCUGUGCAGCCCACCACCAAGCCCCCAGCGGCGCCCAUAGCCGCCGAACCGCAGAGCGCCGGCUCCAGCUCCAACCUGACGAAGCAUCAGGCGAAAGUAAUAAAUGGCAUUAAGCACGAGCUGGACCGGCUGCAGCCUCGCCAGGACGACACCAAGGAGCAGGGCCGCAAGCUGCGAUCGCAGGAGGCGACCCGCUUCAAGAGCGAGCUCUCAGCCUAUUUCCCGGACUACGAUGAAGUAAUAGGCAACGACCCCAAAGAAGAACAUUUACUCAACCCUGAAACGCCGAUUAUCAUUAUCGAUACCAGUCUGUCGCACGCGAUUCCCGAUCCUCCUCGCAAUGCACCUCGACCCCACCAUCGAGCUCUAGGUAGCAUCGACUUUCCAGUCAGAGGAUACGGCGAUGCGCUAUUCACCGACGUAUUCGACUCUCAGCGCAUCGAUUUUGGCUUCCUAGAAGCCCAGCACAAGAACAAAAAUAUAGAAGAUCCUCUACCCGACAGCUUGUUCGAGCCCAUUCAUAAAAAGGCCGAGAGGGUUGAGCGAUCGAUCCGCAAUACAGAGAAAGGCCGAGCACAACAUGAAAAGGACCAAAUCAUUCGACUGCUCGAAGGCCUUCAAGGCCAUGACUGGCUGAGAGUAAUGGGCGUCAGCGGUGUUACGGAGACGAAGAAGAAGAAGUUUGAACCUGCUAGGAUGCAUUUCAUCAAAGGCUGUCAGGUUAUACUGGCUAAAUUUCGCAAUUGGAAUCUAGAAGAGAAGCGGCGAAAGCUGGAGAAGGAGAAGGCGUUGGCAGAAAAGGCCGAGCAAGAGGGGGAAGACGAAGACGAAGACGAAGACGACAUUGAAGAAGACGAGGCUUCUCAAGACGAUACUAGCGAGACGUCAUCACCGGCUAAGCAACUUCGACGAGAGGCGAGGGCAAGGUCAAAACUGGCGGCGGCAAAUUCUACAAAGCCGCGAAUACCUCACAGGCCUAUACUACCGAUAAAACCUCCAGAGCCACCAAAAGAGUUUAAAUCAUUCUUCUCCAAAAAGUACGAGCGUGAUAGCGCGCUUAACCGGCAAAGGCGAGCAGGAAGAAAGGUUCUUGCUUGGGGCCUUCCACUACCCGAAAUUGCUGAGGCCGACUUCGUAUUGCCAGAAGAAUAUCGGGAUGAAGAGACGCUAAAGGCACGCGCAAGGAAGAAGCGCAGAGACAGGCGA